UGAAACUUGUGGACGAACCAAACCGGAACUAACUUGGCGAACCCAAACCCAACCCAAGAAACGUGGGUCUGGUUAUUGUCGCAGGCUGAGAGAGAGAGAGAGAGUGAGCAGGAGCGGCAGCAGCAGCAAUAAAGCAUUUUUGGUUUCGAUUCUCGGAAAAAGCUUUCCAAAAUGCAAAGCCCCUCCGCGGUUACCCAAGAAUCGAGCCCUGCCUUAGAUCUCGUGACUCAAUUGGGUCACUUGGCAUUCAACAAGAGUUUUUAUAGCUCACAUAUAGAUGGGUUCUAUUCGUUUAAGCCAAAUUACAUGUAUUUUUCGGGGUUCGGAGGUUCAGUUUCUCAGAGAAGGCGUAGAGUUACAGCUGCUGCUUCACUCAGUUUGGGUGCCCGGAACAGUGUUUCUUCGAGCGUUAGGAGAAUCGUGAAUGAGUUCAAUAGAGUGAUUAAAUUUCACUGCGAUAGAAUCCCGAUUGGGUUCGCUUCGGUUCGAGUUGGUUCUGAGGAUAGCAAUGGGUUGAGAGUAGAUGGUGGUGGUGGUGUUUUGCAGGUUGAAGGUUUGCCUUUGAAUGGAGUCGGAGCUGAGACCCCCAAGAAAGUUUUGAUUUUGAUGAGUGAUACGGGUGGGGGUCAUAGAGCCUCCGCUGAAGCUAUUAAGGCUGCCUUUAACGAGGAAUUUGGAGACGAUUAUCAGGUAUUUGUUACAGAUUUGUGGUCUGAUCAUACGCCCUGGCCAUUUAAUCAAUUACCGAAGAGCUAUAACUUCUUGGUGAAACAUGGAUCGUUGUGGAAAAUGACGUAUUAUGGAACUGCUCCGCGGGUGGUUCAUCAGUCUAAUUUUGCUGCAACUUCAACAUUCAUUGCUAGAGAGGUUGCCAAAGGGCUGAUGAAAUACCAGCCAGACAUUAUUAUCAGCGUACAUCCACUGAUGCAACAUGUUCCACUUCGUAUUCUGAGGGCAAAGGGUCUACUAAAGAAGAUAGUCUUUACCACAGUGGUCACAGACUUAAGCACCUGCCAUCCUACAUGGUUAGUUCUGCAUCUUAGUUUCAUGCUUCUCAAUCCACUUAUUCUUGGUGUAAUUUCAGUCAUGUAUAUAAUUUUUUUUAGGUUUCAUAAGCUUGUAACAAGAUGCUAUUGCCCAACAGCAGAAGUAGCAAAAAGGGCAUUACAAGCUGGACUUCAACCAUCCCAAAUUAAGGUUUAUGGCCUUCCAGUGCGACCUUCUUUUGUAAAGCCUGUCCGGCCAAAGAUUGAGCUGAGGAGAGAAUUAGGAAUGGAUGAGGAUCUUCCUGCUGUUUUGCUGAUGGGAGGAGGGGAAGGAAUGGGGCCCAUUGAGGCUACUGCUCGUGCACUUGGAAAUGCAUUAUAUGAUGAGAACCUUGGGGAGCCAAUAGGUCAAAUCCUUGUGAUUUGUGGCCGCAACAAAAAGCUUGCCAGCAAAUUGCUUUCAAAUGAUUGGAAAAUUCCUGUCCAGGUCAAGGGAUUUGUCACUAAAAUGGAAGAAUGCAUGGGUGCUUGCGACUGCAUUAUUACAAAGGCGGGCCCAGGGACUAUUGCUGAGGCUAUGAUACGAGGUCUUCCUAUCAUUUUGAAUGGUUACAUUGCUGGGCAGGAGGUUGGAAAUGUUCCUUAUGUGGUUGAAAAUGGAUGUGGGAAAUUUUCCAAGUCGCCAAAAGAGAUAGCCAAUAUUGUUGCCCAGUGGUUUGGACCCAAAGCAGAUGAACUCAAGGCCAUGUCACAAAAUGCUUUGAAGUUGGCAAGGCCUGAGGCUGUGUUCAAGAUUGUCCAUGAUCUUCAUGAGCUUGUGAGACAGAGAAAUUUUGUACCCCAAUUUUCUUGUACAACUUAAUUCCAGUGGGAAAAACAAAAUUAUAUGAUUUAAGCAUUCCAUUAAUUUGCUGAGAAAA